CCCACCCCUUUUCAUUUGUCUGCUUUUCUGCGAAACACAGUUAACACGUUAACACAGUCUUGAAUCUCUUGAGAAACCCAUUCCUCAUCAAGAGAAGGCUAUUUUCAUCAUUCUGAUAAUGGCCUCACCUCAAGCUCUGUCAAAAGGUGAUAUGUUUCUGAGAAGUAUGUACAGAAUUCUCGCAAAAGACGUAAGAGCCUGUGCUCAAGCAAAGAGCAUUGGCUGCUGUUUUUCCACCUCUUGUGCCAAGAAUGCACGUUUUUUCAGCGACCCUACAGAGGCCAUUGGAGAUAUCCCAGAUGGCUCCACACUUCUAGUAGGAGGAUUUGGCCUGUGUGGAAUCCCAGAGAAUCUGAUCAAUGGUCUACUAAGAACUGGGGUGAAAGGUAUCACAGCCGUGAGCAACAAUGCUGGAGUAGAUAAUUUCGGCCUGGGCCUUUUGCUCAGAACAAAGCAAAUCAAAAGGAUGAUCUCGUCAUAUGUCGGGGAGAAUGCAGAAUUUGAGAGACAGUAUCUAUGUGGAGAACUAGAGGUGGAGCUGACCCCUCAGGGCACGUUGGCAGAGAGGGUACGAGCUGGUGGGGCGGGCAUCCCUGCCUUCUUCACACCCACUGGAUACGGCACACUGGUGCAGGAGGGAGGUGCCCCCAUCAAGUACAAUAAGGACGGCAGCAUGGCUAUUGCCAGUGAGAGGAGAGAGGUGCAGGAAUUCAAUGGCAGGCAUUAUGUGAUGGAAAAAGCCAUCACUGGUGACUAUGCUCUCAUCAAAGCCUGGAAAUGUGACAUGGCGGGAAACCUAGUGUUCAGGAAAACAGCUCGAAACUUCAAUCAACCCAUGUGCAAGGCAGCCAAAAUAACAGUAGUGGAGGUUGAGGAAGUGGUAGACAUUGGGACAUUUGCUGCAGAGGACAUCCAUGUCCCAAGCAUUUAUGUGGAUCGUGUAGUGAAAGGAGCCAGCUAUGAGAAAAGAAUAGAGAAAAGGACUGUGCGGUCCGAUCAACAACAGCAGAAGCCUAAGCCACGUAAGGACUCUGACAUCACAAGGGAAAGGAUCAUUCGGCGCGCUGCCCUAGAGUUUGAAGACGGAAUGUACGCCAACCUUGGCAUCGGAAUCCCCAUGAUGGCCAGCAACUACAUCAGCCCUGACAUCACUGUACACCUGCAGAGUGAGAAUGGCAUUCUGGGAUUGGGGCCUUAUCCAACUGACAGUGAAGUGGAUCCAGAGCUCAUCAAUGCAGGAAAGGAGACGGUUACAGUGAUGCCUGGGGCUGCCUACUUCUCCAGUGAUGAGUCUUUUGCCAUGAUCAGGGGAGGUCACAUUGACUUGACGAUGCUGGGGGCCAUGCAGGUGUCUAAGUAUGGGGAUCUGGCCAACUGGAUGAUACCUGGAAAGAUGGUUAAGGGCAUGGGAGGCGCGAUGGAUCUAGUGUCCAGUGCAGGAACCAAAGUAGUGGUCACCAUGGAGCACUCUGCCAAGGGUGGGAAACACAAAAUCCUGGAUAAAUGCACUCUACCCCUUACUGGCAAACACUGUGUGGAUCGCAUUAUCACAGAAAAGGCUGUAUUUGAUGUGGAUAAGACAUCUGGUCUCACCCUUGUUGAAAUAUGGGAAGGGUUGUCCCCUGAUGAUAUUCGGGCUUUCACAGGAACCGAUUUUAAGGUGGCUUCAAACCUAAGACCAAUGCAGCAAAUCUGACCAGGAAUGUUCUCCCAGGGAUUCUUGACAAAUGUAGCACACUCAUUUCUGCUGGAUAAUGUCAAAUUAUGGUUAUGGUUGUGGUCAUGGUAUUUAUUCAGCCCAAGGAAGUUACUAUCAGAACAUGUGGGUAUAUGGGACAUCUUACCUUCAGGAACAAAAGACUUAAUGUUUCAAUGGACUAGUGCCACUUGUUCGUACUGAUUUAAAUUUAAAUAUAUAUAU